AUUAAUAUGACAGAAUCAAAUAAGAAUCAUAAUGAAGGCUUAUUUAUCUUUUAAUACCUUAACCAGCGACGCGAAACGAGUUUUCCAAUAGGAAAACCACGACCGUUUCUUCCUGCCAGCUGUGUACAUUCGCCCUCUGGCACAUGUGUGUUACGAACCAGCGGAGCACAUGCCUAACUUGGUCAAAUGAAGUUCAAUUUUCGAGGCGAUAAUACGACAAAAUACUUCUGGUUCGAUGCGAUAGCAUCGCACAAUUAAGAUGACGUCGGUUUAAUUUUACUUUUGGCGUUUUUUUGGUUGCCGAAAUCAAAUUUGUGAAGUGCAGAUUCGUAGUGAGUUCGGUAAAGAUGAAGAUUAACCGAGGAGGCGACAAUAACAGGGAACGUAGGGGAGGUCAUAAAAGAGUAAUCAAACACCCCAAUAGGGGCCGCAACCAAGACCACGUGACCGAAAUGUUGAAGCUCUGUCUUCAGAAGAUCUGCGAGCUCCAGGCCGAGAUGCAGGAUGAAUCGGAGAUCCAACACGACCCCGAAGCAGCAGGCUACGCCGCUUGCGUUGUCGAAACGUUGAGGUUUCUUUCGACGCAAGGGUUGCCGUCCGAUCAUCCCAUAGUUAAAGCCCUCACUGAGAAAUUGUCCGGAAACGGCGACUAA